CUGCCUCAGCUGAGGGAGGGGCUGGUGAGGGCCAUCAGCGACUCGGACGGGGUCAGCUACCCCUGGUACGGGAACACCACGGAGACGGUGACCAUCGUGGGCCCCACCUCCAAGCCCUCGCGCUUCACCGUCAGCAUGAACGACAACUUCUACCCCAGCGUGACCUGGGCCGUGCCGGUCAGCGAAUCCAACACGCCCCUGCUGACCGGCAUCAAGCGGGACCAGAGCUUCACCACCUGGCUGGUGGCGCUCAACUCCACGACCCGGGAGAGGAUCCUGCUGCACUCCGUAAAGUGGCGCAUGCGGGUGGACAUCGCGGUGGACCCCGCCCGGCCCCUGGGCUCCAGGGCGCGCUUGGUGGGGCGCGCCCAGCAGGACCAGCCCCGCGUUCUGACGCGAAUGGAGCCCGUCCCCCACAACGCCAUGGGCAGGCCCAACGCCAACGACGCCCAGGUGCUCAUGUGGAGGCCCCGCAGGGGCCCCCCGCUGGUCGUCAUCCCCCCCAAAUAG